GGGGCUAUCUUAAAUUGUAGUUGUUUCUCUAACGUUUGUGUAACGAACCUACCAUUCACCUCUCUCUCUCUCUCUCUCUGGCUUUCUGUCUUUCUCUUUCAUUUUGCGAAGAAAAGGAUUAAUUUUCUCUUCCCAUCAAAGGUCAAACCUCUCUUUUUCUUCAUCAGAAUUAUGGACGUAGGUUUCUAGCUUUGUCCCAUUAAUCCCCUUUUGCAGUGAGCCAAGAAAGAAAAAAAAAAAAAAGCAAGACUAAGGUGUAUAUAUAUACAUAUAUAAGAAGAACAAGUAUGUUGUAUCAUGCAAAUUACAUCGAGGUUUCUCUUUUAAAUUGUUUAAUGGUGUUUUUUUUUGGAUUUGAUAUGGACAUAUAUAGGGGAAUUUGGAUUGGAAGUCUUGGCCCUGCAAAAAUUGUCAAGAGACCAGCUUUCCAUCAUCCAUUAUUCUUUGUUUAUGAUCAAUGGGGAUGUCAAUCGACAAUGUUCGAGGACUUGUUAUGGCUGUCUCUUCAAGUAUUUUUAUUGGAUCUAGCUUUAUUAUCAAGAAGAAGGGUCUUAAAAAGGCUGGAGCAACUGGAACCCGAGCUGGCCAAGGAGGGCACUCUUAUUUAUAUGAACCCUGGUGGUGGGCAGGGAUGAUUACUAUUCUCGUAACACCACUGGGAGCUUUAAGUAUUAUUUUCAGUGCAGUGCUAGCCCAUUUUAUCCUGGAGGAGAGAUUACACAUCUUUGGUGUGCUUGGAUGUGCUCUGUGUGUGGUGGGCUCUACGACUAUUGUUUUACAUGCUCCACAGGAAAGAAAUAUUGAAUCUGUCAAAGAAGUAUGGCAGCUUGCAACAGAGCCAGGUUUCCUUGCAUACACUUUACUAAUUUUGAUUCUGGUAGCUGUUCUUAUUUUUCGAUAUGUUCCACGCUACGGCCAAACCCAUUUGAUAGUAUACGUCGGAAUCUGCUCUCUCAUGGGCUCCCUCACGGUAAUGGGUGUAAAAGCAGUGGGAAUCGCAUUGAAGCUGUCGUUUUCAGGAAUGAAUCAAUUUAAAUACUACCAAACAUGGGUUUUCACAUUUGUUGUGACCUUUUGCUGUCUUCUGCAGGUGAACUACUUGAACAAGGCUCUAGACACCUUCAAUACUGCUGUCAUAUCUCCUGUUUACUAUGUCAUGUUCACAACAUUCACCAUUAUUGCCAGCAUGAUCAUGUUUAAGGAGUGGGAUUCGCAAGCUGCAGCAGAUAUUGCAACAGAGUUAUGUGGGUUUGUGACAAUUCUAUCAGGGACCUUCCUCCUACACAAAACAAAAGAUAUGGGAAAAAGUCCAAGCGUGAGAAGCCCUGUAUUUACCAGCCCUGAUUUAAAUGCAACUCCAGACUCCAAAUAGUUAAAAGCAGAUGGUUUUCUUAGUUAUUUACCCUCAACAAAAACUGCUACGUUUUCCCUACUUCCAAACAGAAAAAGAAGAGAGUUAGGAGACAGGACCUCUCUUUUUUGAGAAAGGAUUGUUAACUGAAGGAAAAGUCAUAUGCACAUCAUGUGACAUGGCUGACAUGGUGGAUGUGAAAGGAUGCUGCUGCUGCUGCUGCUGCUGCUGCUGCUGCACUUGGAGAUAGUACUCCUUUUUUUAACUCCUCUUCAUUUAUUCUUUCGACAGAUUAUUAAUUACACUGUGAAUAUGAAACAUACAGAUCUUUACUAAGAGUGUUAUUAGAAAAGGAUACAAGAAAUUUGUUCAUGAUCUUCGAUCUUAAUAGUAUAUGUUUAGUGUUUCAUAGUGUGGACUGUUCAAUUUUUGGUAUGCACUUAUGAAACAUAAUCUUCAUGACUCUUA